AUGGCGAUCUGGAUGUGUUCGGGGGCCCGGCCGAAUGUGUUGCAAUUCUGGGUGGCGGUGUUUCAGGCCAGAUCUGAAGGGAUGUCGGGGGAGGAUUGGGACCUUGGUAGGCGCGCCUACCAGGUCAAGGUGGCUGUAAACUUCAUCUGCAUGCCGGUCUACACUUUGCCGAUGCUGGGCACCCAACGCGUGCCUUUAGAGGAGAUGCCGAACAUCGCCCUGGGCGGCUCCAAGUGUUUGUUCGUGGGCCAGGACCAAGUGGUGGAGAAUUGCGGCCUGCCAGACGUCCACGGCUCAGGGCAGGACUUGGGGCAGUGUAGUUCUCGAGAAGGAAACCGAGCCCUGAGAUAUCCCUUGAUGGGGAGUCCACCACCCCAGAAGGCGAUCAUGCGCGGGGUGCGCGAGAUCGAGAUGGACCUGGAGGCGAAGCCGGCCAUCGGUUUCAGCAUCGCUUCGGUUAAGCGGUGGUCCGUGUCCCGCUUCCACCAGGCGCCGUUGUGCCCCAAAGUGGAGCCCAGAGGUUUUCACACCGUGGAUAUGACUUUCACGCAUCCCGGGUUCCAUGCAGAAGAACAAGCUGCGAGUGCCCGGAUGCAACAGAUGAUGUUGCUCGCAGAGAGUCAAGUACUCUGCACCGUUGCCGUCAUUUGCAUCAGCAAGUGUGGAAAGCCACCAGGACCUGACCCUCCAGAUGAUGACAGGGACUCACAGGCAGAUCGCGACAGCAAACGUGGUAAGGACAAUCGUGGGAAGAAGCCCCCUCCGGGGAGCCGACGCCCACCGGGAGGCUUCAUAGAAGAGGAUGAUUCUCCCCCGUCACCAGACCUUUACGACGAAGAAUAUGAAGAUGACGCGAUCCCGGUGCCGAUGCGCCCUCCGAUGAAGAAGGCAGUGCACCAGCUGACCGGGAGGAUUGAAUUUCCCUGUCGCAAACGUGCCGAUGCCAUCCGAGACGGUAGCUUGAAACCAAACCAGCUGUGUGAUGAGCAGGAUGCAUUACCGCCACCGGAAGAGCAAGCCUGUGCGGUUGCCGGGAGGCCCGCCAUCCUCGAGCGCAUCACCCAAUGGGAAAGUGUGGUCAACACCCUGAAGGCAGCCAUUGCGGUUGCGACGUGGGACGACCCACAGGUGCUCUUGCGAGAGAUGGAGGGAUGCCGCCUACCCCUGGCGAAUAUCGUCGAGCCGAUGCUGGGUGGUGGCAAUGCUGAAGGGGCAUACGACACGCUCGCGGAGGUCUACAAGAACACGCCCGAUGGGUUUUUGGCCAUGUGCCCCUACCCGCCGGGAGGCGAGGUCGACCUGCUGAUUGUAUCAGACUCAUCUCUUGCUCUGGUACCUGACCCCCAAGCAGGGAAGGCUUCGUGUUUUUCCGGAGGCGAUCUUUUGAAGCCCUGGGGAGACAUCCGUGGCAUUUACACAAAAAUGUUGUGGGGCAAAGGUUUGAACCACAUGGUGCAGUACAUCCCCGAGGCCAUCGAUGACAUCGAGUCCACCAAUCGUGCACAUGGUCGCCCGGCCGCGUACCAGCUUGAAAUCGAUUCGAAUGUAUCCUCUCCAAAAGAUCUUCCUCAGCGACCUGAUCCUGAGAAGCUCAUGUUGGAUGCAGAUGUCGAGAUUUUCAACUGGGUGCUUCAAGCUGAGGAGAGCGCCACAGCCUCUGCCGACCGGGAGGUCGAGUCCUGGUUGCGUGACAUCCCUGAAGAGGACCAGGCAUUGGAACCAAUGCACCAUGACAACGCUGAUUCGGACGAUGAGGCUGUCAAAGUUCAGGCCCUCACCAUGGAUGAUCGAAUUUUGGCAAGGCGAAAGGGCCUUUCAGAGGAGCACGACCAAGAAUGGCAAGAUGCCACCUAUGCGGCUGAGGAUGAAGAUGAGGACUUCAAAGGGUGGGACCUCAUUGAGGAUGACAAACGCCCGCCGGGAGUCGUGGCCAGUGACCCAGUACAUGAAGAGGAAAAGGAGCUGGACCUUGACGACCUCGAGACGGUGGCUUCGGUGGAGAUUGUCGAUGAAGAGGAGUUCCACGACGCUGAGGAGGGGCAGGCAGAGCCGAUUGAUGAUGAUGACGAUGACGACAUGGCCGUGAUCGACAAGGUCUCUUCUAUGCAGGCCUCGAAGUCUGAUGCACGGGGGGACCCGGAGCCCAUGGAUGUUGAUGAUCAGGGCAACAAGAUGGUCCAGAGUACGGCAUCAGCGAAGACCUGGAAGACGGAGAUGGCCCAGAGCUCGUCAUCGGCAAAGACGUGGAAAACUGACAUGGCUCAGAGCACCUCAUCUGCAAAGACAUGGCGAACUGACACCACUGCAGCUGCGUCGGCGGGAGCCACGCCUUCUGACCCGACGUCCAAGCUCAAGCCCAAGAAGAAGGCCAUGCCAAAGAGAUUGAAGGUUGUGGAUGAGGGACAUGGGCCAAGUGCUGAACAGUUUGACACGUCGAAAUUUGCCUCAGCACAGGAUCUGGUUUGGAUUGAGCCGGACAACAUGGCAGGAGUUCCUGUGCGCAAGGUGGACUACGGCAGGCUUGGAUCAAUUUCCCAUGCUAUGUCCGACUACCUCCGUGGCCAUCGAAUGUUUCACAGGAGGCCAUCACCUGAGAUUCGGAGGACUGAUUUGUCAAUGGACUUCAAGGCAUUGGUGAGGCAUCUCCAAGGAGAUUUUGCGCACCUUCGAGAAGAAGAAGUUUUGAUGGUUGUGCGCAACUCUCCGAUGCGUCGCUUCAGAGUCCAGGUGAACGGCUUGUCGUCCGGAAAGCUCAGGUGGACGCCAGUGAGGAUCAGGGCCAUUCAGGGUCAUCGGGCCUUUCUCGUGGAGCAAGGGGGAAUGUCAAGCAUGAUCAAAACGAUGUUCACUUUUGAUGAGAACUUCGACCAGACCAAGAUCGACGACCCAACGGUCCACCCCGCAUUCUCCGCGAUGCCGGAAGGCUCGCCUGUGUGGCACAAGUUCCCCAGAGUGGUGUAUCACACCUGUGACCAAGCCGCCUUCAAUUCCAUCAUCAAGCACGGCCUGAUCCCUGGCGGAUUCCCGUACAAAACGGGCAGAGCCCACAACUUUUUCAACUCCACUCCGCCCUGGAAAGCGGAAAUGAAAAAGUUGCAAGGUACGCGGGCCGGGAGGCCAAUCGCCAUCGCGUUUGACAUGGAGCUCAUGAUGCAAAUGGGCUACAAACUUUUCGCGACUGACGAGGCCAUCCUGUCGCCGGACUGGAUCUCGAACCAGCCGAUGAUCAACGCCUUUGAUAUGCGUUCGGGCGAAUUUUUCUUUAUCAACAGGGCUUAUGUCAACCAUCGGAAGACUUACCAGGAAGUCCUCAAGCAGGCCAAGGCCGAGUUUGAUCCGACGGAUGUUCUCAUGAGCCGCAUGGAAAUGUUGAUGGAAAAUGCCCAGUUGAACUUUGAAGGCAUCAAAGAGCGCAUUGAGUUCGGCAAGCUCCUCCCCUUUUCCAGGCGUGAAGACAUUGAAGUCGAGAAGAGUACUGCCACCCGGGAGGGUGAGCCGGCAUCAGGUUCUCAGCUGGUGCCCGGCUACACCGUUGGAAAGAUGGCCGCCAUGACAAGCACGGAUGCCUGUGGCUUCCAACGUCGUGGACGGAAUGGACCCGGUGGUGGAAAUUGGAGUCGAGGGCAAGGUCGACACGGAUUUGAGUUGCAAUUCAAGGACAUUUCCUACAACCAGAUCCAAGACACGCCUCAGGUACGUUGUGGCCAUCCGAUCUGUGGAUAUCUGAUGGUGGAUGGACAUUUGAAAUGCCCGCGCUGCUCCCAGCAGAUGGAACCCGUGACCGAUGCCAACAUCGCCACGGAAGUUGCCCGCCGGGAGGCGAUGGCCCGUACCAGAGGAGUGCCCUUCUCCAUGGACAAGGUGAUCUUCAACCACCCGCGAAGAGGCAGAGUAGCCAGGCAGCCGGAGAAGGGAUCAUCAUCUUCUUCGACAGCCAUCCGGACCAGAAGCACCUAUGGCAACUUGAGAGACAUGGCCAAGAACUACGUCAGAUCUUUCAAGAAAAGGGGCUUCAAAGACCUUGUUGACCGACUCGUCCGCGACCCGUUCUUUCAGUUCAAUGCGGCGAAUCAAAACUUGGUGCCGGAGGCCUUGCUCUUCAUUGAGCGUUUGGCUGGCUGCGUGAGCCCGACCAUUGAGCGCACCAAAGCUCAGGUUCUUGGUGAAAAGCUUGAAAUGGCCACCAAGUUGAUCUUUGUGCCAUCGUCGGAGCGGGAGCCCGACCAACCCUUGGAUCUUCACACCGAGGUGUUUGUGUCGCAUCGGGGCGUCUUUCUCGACAUUGGCCAAUUCGCAGUCUACGUGGCGAAGUUCAUCAAGCCAAGGCAAAGACCUCUACCCAUUGUUUAUGGAUGGGGCAAUCGUGACUUUGUGCCUGAUGCUUCAGAUGCCAAAGAGAUCGCGAAAGAACUGGUGGAGUUCAGCAAGCUGCAAUGGUCGAACUUUGCCUCCCAACAGACGCACAAGGAGUCUGAGACCACCGGCGACGACCGGGAGGUCAGUCUUCCUCAUGCAAGUGCAGCCAUCAGCCGACCUGAACAUGAACGACCCCAUCACGAGCAGUUUGAACCGAAUCUUGGCAAGCCUGCUCGCGGCGGUCCUUACGGCCAGGGUGGUGGUGGUGGAAAAGGGCAUCACAAAGGUGGAGGACAGACCAAAGGGAAGGGACAGCAGAAGGGGAAGGGCAAGCAAGGCAGAAGCCCACCGGGAGGUGUGGCCUACGGUGACUUUGAAGGAGAUUCCUUCUGGGUUCAGGGCUAUCGCUACACGUGGUACUGGAAUCAACAGCGAGGCUGGUACUGGCGCUGGACCUGA